AUGAAGAUCUCCUCACAUUGCUAUUUGAAAGGAGUGGUGUUGCUCGAAAGCAUGGAGACGAUUGUGGGCGAAGAAUAUAUGCUCUCCGUUAUUCGGAAUCUUGUAGCCACAAGAAAGUCCUUUAAUUUGGAUAGUUUCUUGUUCUACUUCAAAGAUAUUCCAGUUGAUAAGAAUAUCUCAUUAGCUCAGUUAAGUGCUAACUUGCGAGAUCAUAAACAGACUUGGAGAACCUCACGAGUUCGGAAAAGUCGAAUGCUCCUUUCUAAUAUAGUAAACUACGGUCCUGUAACUUGGGUCAAUAUUUUCAGUAAAAUUGAUGAAAACCCAGCGCAGUUUUCUGCCGUGGGUCGGGCUCAGCUGGUCACCGAUUUCUGCUAUUUCUACGCCCAUGAUCAGGUGGAUCGUGGUACGGCGAUUAGGGAGAUUGUAACUGAUAUGGUCUAUCGCAACUCGAAGUAUUUCGAACUGUGCGAUUGGCACCUUUUCUGGUGCCAUUCCGCAGUGCCUGCUACUCUGACUCAACUGCUGAAGCGCAUCGCAUUGGGUGUCACACAACUUUUCGACAACGACGCAGCCUUUGGAUGUCGAACGGGCAUGGCUGCCACAAAUCUAAAUGUUAUCUGCAGCAGUGUUUUUGGAACAAAAUGCAUCUGA